AAUAGUAGUGGCAGUUAUGUCGUCCUCAUUAAGCUCGCUCUUUCAAAUUACAGCAAAAGAAAAAAAAAACGAAUAAGAAAAAGAAAACAUUAAAAGAAGAAAGAAAAGGGUUUUGAAUUCGCAAAAAACCCUAAGAAAUGGAUGAUUACACUAGAGAAAUGAUGGAUCUAAAGACUCUUGUUACUCGUACUCUUGAAAAGAAAGGUGUUCUCGCUAAAAUCAGAGCCGAGCUUAGAGCAAGUGUAUUCGAAGCGAUUGAGGAGGAAGAUCGUGUAAUAGAAAAUGAAGAUGCUGUUCCUCCUGCAUUACUUGGCAGUUGUAAUGACCGUGCGAAACAGCUUCAUGCUUCUCCUUCAGGAAGGAUACUAACAGCACUAGUAUGUGAAUAUUUGGACUGGGCACAACUGAACCACACUCUAAAAGUCUAUCAGCCUGAGUGUAAUAUGCAAAAGGAUUCCUGGAAAGCUGAAUUGAGGGAGUUUAGCAGCAAAAAUGACUAUGAUUUGAACAGAAAUGGGGAUAAUUGUCCUUUGCUUUUGGAUGUCCUUGAAGGAUUUUUGAAAUAUGAGAACCUAACUCAAAAAAGCAAUGGAAGGAGCGAGUCUGUUUCCAAUUCAGAAAGAAACACCCGUAGACCGUUGUCAUCAUCUGUUGCUGGGGGCUUGCCUCCUCUAGGAAGGGCGGUCCCUGCUUCCCAAGCACAUGAUCGAAGGAUAGGCUCCUCCACGCAUGGUUAUAGGAAGGAAGAAUAUAACUGGAGAUACGAUACUGAUGAGUUUUCCGAUGACGUUCUUCAAGCCUCAAAUGCUUUGGAAAACAUCCAGUUGGAUCGGAAAGCACGUAAUCUGACAACGUCUUGGAGGCAUGCCGGAGAUGGAGGAUCUGAGGAUGAUAGCAAUGUAGAUCACAUUUGAUAUUUUGCAUUUCACCACUAUGUAUGUAUUAUUGUCCAACUAUUUUUAGCUAAUUAGUCUUGGAGACAUUGGAAAUCUAUCGUGUAAGAGUAUAUCAUUUUUUUUACCUUUCUUUACAGUGUAACUUAAUGACAUGUUUUUGAUUUCUGUUCCCACUGAGUGAGUUUAUUUAUGCUAUGCAAUUUAAUAUUGUGCUU